AUGCGGAUGCUCCGCAUCGAUUUUAUGCGGAUGCGGAUGCAGAUGCGGAUGUUCCGCGGAUGCGGAUGCGGAUGCGAAUAUUCGCAACAUCCCUGGUCCAGUUCACAAGGUUUAAUACAAGUUUUUGCGUGGCAUGGAUCCGUACGCGUCGCUGAGUUGUCGCGGCACCGGGUCCACUGCGGGCGGACAAGUGCAGCUCUGGCAGUUUCUCUUGGACGAGCUGGCGCAGGGCGCACCCGGAAUCUGCUGGGAGGGUUCUCCAACCGACGGCGAGUUCCGGCUGAGCGACCCGGACGAGGUGGCCCGCCGCUGGGGCCGGCGCAAGCAGAAGCCAUCCAUGAACUACGACAAGCUGUCGAGGGCUCUGCGCUACUACUACGACAAGAACAUCAUGAGCAAGGUUCACGGCAAGCGCUACGCCUACAAGUUCUGCUGGCGAGGGUUGGCAGCAGCAUGCCAGGCGCAAACACCGGACGCGCCGUGGCCGUAUCUGGCGCCACAGACGCCCCAGGCGCCAUCCGCGCCGCACGCUUCACACGCGCAAGUGCCCCAUCUACCGCCGCACUAGGCUGCAAUACUUUGUUGAUGUCUACUUGA